AGGGAAUCUGGGUCAACAAUAGUGAACUAGCAGUGUGGAAAUGAAAAACAUCGUAAGCAAGUAGCCAAUGAUAAGACUCGUUUGCCUGCACCCUUCCGUAACGAACCCAAAUCGUAUUUAAACGAUCCACCACUUUCUCUCUCUUCGAUUCGCUUCUGGCUUUUCUGACUCUUGGUUUUUAAUUUGGACGAAAAGUCGAACCUUCCUUCCCAGAAACCAAACCAUCAUCAACUUUCCUUUCGUUCCACACUCUCUCUUUGAAUUCUCCGCGAUGCGAUUGCAGCAUCGACUGCUUUUGCUUCCGGCUUUCUUCGCAGCUUGAGAAACCGCGGUUAGGGCUUCUGUGGCGGUGGCUGACCAUGGCGGAGGGUGACGUGGACUUUUCGGAACUGUUCUCUGCUGGUGGUGACGAUGACGAUGAUGGAAUGUUCUAUAUAGAUAUUCAGACCGUUCUCACGGUUCUCGAUGAAGACGAUGAUUGUAUCCCUCAGGAGCAGAAUAGUCAUGAGGAUUCUUCUUCAAAAAAUGUUUCACCUAGUGAAUUAGGCAUUCAUGACACUUUUCAGAUAGAAAAAGGGUCUCAAGUGUUGGAAGAACCACAUUUGUCUAGGUUGGACUUUGUGGAUUCAGUCGCAAGCUGUUCUCCAUUCUGCUCGGAUGUGUCAGAUUCUGUGGCCAGAGGUUCAGUUGGUUUAUCUGAUUCUGCAGCAAAUUCUAUGCUUGACUGUGAACCUGAAAGCCAGGGACCUCAAUCUCAGGCUAACUCUUCCCCAAAUGCUUUUCGUGGUAAUUUGAGCGACUCAUUCUCUCCAGGUGAAAGUGAUGAGAUUUUCCACAAAGAAAGGACUGGAGUUUCUGAACAUGAGAUUCCUGGUUAUGUGGAAACAAGUUUUCCUGUGGCACAGUCAAACAAUACAUUAAUUCGCGGAGAUAAUUUGAAUCUGAGUAUGUGGAAGGGUGAAAAUGAGAGCCACUUCAAGCAAGUGGGAGAGGAUAUUGAAUCUGAACAUGCUUCACUCAGUUCUAUUGUUGACAAUGAUGAUGUGAAUAUUGAAGAUCAUGUUGAAGACAUUAUUAGAGGAGUUUAUGGGCAACAGGAAAAUGACUCUUGUACAUCUUUUGAAGCAUCAUUCGUGGAUGCUGAUAGAGCUUUGCAUGUCUCAACUUCAACUGAUUCUACUAUUGGUCAAGGUUCUCAUGUUUCCAGUGAUUUUAUUGACUACCAUGCAUCUUCAAAUUAUUACCAGGGAACAGAUGAUGGACCCUUUGUUGCUGACUCAUCUCUUGGUUUUUUGCCUAAUGGUAUUUGUUCUCAAUUGUGGCCAAAGGAUGAAGAAAUGACGAAUAACAUCAAGGUUGAAAAUGUGGAAUUAAAUGCUGAUGUUGCUUGUAUGAGUAAUGGCGUACCCUCAAUUCCUACUGGGUUGAUGUCCUUUCAAGAUAGUCAAAUUAUGUUAGCUGAUAGUGGUUAUCCAUCAUUUCAUUCUGGUAAUGGUAUUUUUGAUGACAUGUCAUCAUUGCCUCAGUUUGAUUGUGAUUCAUACAUGACAUAUGGAGAUCAUUACCAAAACAAUUUUCACAACAAGGAUGCUGAGUUCAAUAUAGGCCAAGAGGUGAAACAAAAACCUGGUAUUUUUUCUCCUGUAAGGUAUCAGGCUUACAAAUGUUUUAAGAAUGAGGAUAAUUAUGCAGUUAUAACAUCUGAGUUAUCCAAUCAAUAUCAAGAUAGCUCUGGUGGAAUGGCUAGUUUUCAAGGAAACAAGGACAAUUUGAAUUUAAAAGCUGCAGAUAUAUCUUGGCCGCAUACCCAAGCACUAAUGACCAAUGAGAAGCAGUUUGGUUGUGUUCAGAGAGGAGGGGGGCAAACUUUUCAACAAAAACUUAUUGAUUCUCAUCUUUCAAAAGGAAGAACUGGGAAUUUCAAUGUUGCAGAAGAUCUUGAUGUUUGCAUUAUUGAAGAUAUCAGUCAUCCUGCUCCAAUGAGUCAAUCUGCAGACAUUGGGAAAUCCCUUAAUAUAUAUCAAUCUUCUAGAUAUGUUGAUUCCCAGUCUUACAUAGAUGGAAGCACAAGGCUAAAGGCAUGUGAUGAGCGAAAUAUAUUACGAGUUGCGUUGCAGGAUCUAUCUCAGCCAAAGUCAGAAAUUAGCCCACCAGAAGGAUUGUUGGCAAUUCCUCUUUUAAGACAUCAGAGAAUUGCUUUGUCAUGGAUGGUUCAAAAGGAAACAUCAAGUUUAUAUUGCUCAGGAGGAAUUCUUGCUGAUGAUCAGGGACUUGGAAAAACAGUUUCAACUAUUGCAUUAAUAUUAAAGGAAAGACCUCAAUUACUUGAUGGGUGCACCAAUGCCCAGAGAAGUGAAUUGGAAGCUCUGAAUCUGGAUGAGGAUGAUGUGCUUCCUCAGAAUGGUAGAGUAAAGGAAGAAUCUAAUAUGUGUGAGGAUAACUCAAGUAGAUCUCCAAUCAAGAGCAUGAAUUUGUUGAUGCAAGCAAAGGGAAGGCCAUCUGCUGGGACCCUUAUUGUUUGCCCCACUAGUGUCCUGCGUCAAUGGGCUGAGGAGUUGCGUAGUAAGGUAACUAGUCAGGCAAAUCUCUCUGUGCUAGUAUACCAUGGAAGCAAUCGGACAAAAGACCCUUAUGAGGUGGCUAAGUAUGAUGUUGUCCUAACAACUUAUUCCAUUGUCAGCAUGGAGGUCCCUAAGCAGCCUCUAGCUGACAAAGAUGAUGAGGAAAAGGGAGUUUCUGAAGAUCAUGCUGUACCAAGUAGGAAAAGAAAAAGCCCUUCUAAUUCUAGUGAAAGUGGCAAGAAGAGAUCGGAAGGAACAACUCCUAAGGCUGUUGCUGGGCCUCUUGCACAGGUGGCAUGGUUUAGGGUUGUCCUGGAUGAGGCCCAGAGUAUAAAAAAUCACAAAACUCAAGUUGCAAGGGCCUGUUGGGGUCUUCGUGCUAAGCGAAGAUGGUGUCUGUCAGGGACUCCCAUCCAGAAUGCAAUUGAUGAUCUUUACAGUUACUUCAGAUUUCUAAGAUAUGACCCUUAUUCUGUCUAUACAUCAUUCUGUUCUACAAUUAAGACCCCAAUUAGCAGAAAUCCAGCAAAAGGGUAUAGAAAGCUACAAGCUGUCUUGAAGACGAUAAUGUUACGCCGGACCAAAGGUACACUGCUUGAUGGGGAGCCUAUUAUUUCCUUGCCGCCUAAAUAUAUAGAACUGAAAAAGGUGGAUUUCUCAAUGGAGGAACGUGAUUUCUAUUCUAGACUAGAGGCUGAUUCGCGUGCACAGUUUCAGGAAUAUGCUGAUGCUGGAACUGUCAAGCAAAAUUAUGUCAACAUUUUGCUGAUGCUUCUGCGCCUUAGACAAGCUUGUGAUCACCCUUUACUUGUCAAGCGUUACAAUUCCAACUCUUUAUGGAGUUCUUCUGUUCAGAUGGCGAAGGAGCUUCCCCAGGAAAAACAAAUCUUUCUUCUGAAAUGUUUAAAGGCUUCCUUGGCCCUUUGUGGCAUUUGUAAUGAUCCUCCUGAAGAUGCUGUUGUUUCAGUUUGUGGCCAUGUUUUCUGUAACCAAUGCAUCUGUGAACAUCUUACUAUUGAUGACAAACAGUGCCCUGCUACAAAUUGCAAUAGUCGACUGAGCACAUCUCGGGUAUUCUCAAAAGCCACACUUAACAGUUGUCUUUCUGACCAGGGCUGUGAUAUUUCUCCCAGUUGCUCUGGUUCUGAAGUAGAAGAAUGUGAGCCUUGGUCUCAAAGACAGCCAUAUGAUUCUUCAAAAAUAAAGGCCGCGCUUGAGGUUUUGAAGUCAUUGUGUAAGCCGCAGAGCUGUGCAUCAAAAAGUAUUUCUGAGCAUAAUACUUUGAGGGAAGAUAAUGAGUGUCCUGGGAACCACUCCAAUAAUAACAAUGGGAAAUCCUUCAAAGAUUCUCACGAGAGUCAAAGUUUUUCUGAGAAUAGAAGCUCUAAUGAUUUAGUUACUGUUGUAGGGGGGGAGAAAGCCAUAGUGUUUUCUCAGUGGACGAGAAUGCUUGAUCUGCUUGAAGCGUGUCUUAAGAAUUCUUCGAUUAAGUAUAGAAGGCUUGAUGGAACAAUGUCAGUUGUUGCAAGAGAUAAAGCUGUAAAAGAUUUUAACACUCUUCCCGAGGUAUCAGUUAUUAUUAUGUCUUUGAAGGCUGCCAGUCUUGGACUAAACUUGGUGGUAGCUUGUCAUGUUCUUAUGCUAGAUUUAUGGUGGAAUCCUACAACUGAAGACCAAGCAAUAGAUAGAGCACAUCGAAUUGGGCAAACUCGUCCUGUGACUGUUUUGCGGUUAACUGUGAGAGAUACCGUUGAAGAUCGUAUACUAGCCCUUCAGCAAAAGAAAAGAAUGAUGGUUGCAUCUGCAUUUGGGGAGGAUGGAACUGGUGAUCGUCAGAGUCGCCUCACUGUGGAUGACUUAAAAUAUCUGUUCAUGAUGUGAUUAAGACGUACAUAUUUACAGCUAUAUUAUACAUUUUUUGGCUUGAUGAUUUUUUCCCUGGGGGCAGGAGUCAUCUUUGGUUUCUUUCCGGUGACUGCUGAAGAAACAGAAUAGGGGCAUUUUCUAACAAAAGAUUGGAAGUAGUAAACAAGGCUUUAUCAAAUGUUUAUAUGGUUAGAAUGAGAUGUUUCAUUCUUUGACAUGGAAAUUUUAGUUUAAUCUCACAUCUUUUUAUAGGAUGUAGAGAGCAUAUAUAGCAACAUAGGAAUAUUUUAUAGACUUUUAUUUUUACUGUAAAUAAUAUAUAAAUUUUUGCUA